CUCUCUUUCUCUUUCUCUAUCUCUGGAGCUCGUGCAGACAUUUCAAUGGCGAUCGGCGCUAUCAAUCUUCACAUGUUUCAGACUGCUUGCGGCGGAGCCAGCUUCAAGCGCCGCCUCUCAUCGCUAAACCCUUCGGCAUCUUCGGCGGCCGCCGCCGUCAGACCCAUCACCUCCACCGAGUCGGCUCGGAAACAGCUCGCCAACCUCGACCGCGUCCUCCAGAAGGAAUCCACGCCGGCCUUGUCGCUCCCGCAAGGGCCGCAAAAGCCAGCUUCCGAGCCAGACUUUGGGUUCGGCACGUCGUCGUCGUCGUCGUCGAAGAAAAGGGGCAGGGGACUGUUGCAGCGCUUGAACUUGAGUCGAAUCUGGCCCGAAAUCAAAGCGGCCGCGGAGGAGAUGUCCCCGCGCCGCCUCGGCCGGCUCCGGCGGCUCCUGUCGAAGAACCCGGAGUAUUCCCCGAGGAACGGCCUCGGGAGCCGGUGGCGGCAGUACCACGGCUGCGACGACUGGGGGGGCCUUCUCGAUCCGCUCGACGAGAACCUCCGGCGGGAGAUGAUCCGGUACGGUGAGCUGGUGCAGGCGGCCUACCAGGCGUUCAACUCGAACCCCGCCAUGCCGACGGAGGAGGCGCCGAUGCCCCACCACGUGGCGCUGCCGGAUAAGUCUUAUAAGGUGACGAAGAGCCUGUACGCCACUUCGGCGGUCGGGCUCCCCAAGUGGGUGGACGACGUGGCUCCGGACCUCGGUUGGUUGACGCAGCGGUCGAGCUGGGUCGGUUACGUUGCGGUGUGCGACGACAGGAGGGAGAUACAGCGGAUGGGCCGCAGAGACGUCGUGAUCGCCCUGCGGGGGACCGCGACGUGUCUCGAGUGGGCGGAGAACUUUCGGACUAAGCUAGCACCGAUAUCGAGUACCGAAGAUCCCAAAUCCAAGGUCGGAUCUGGGUUCCUGAGCUUGUUCAAAACUCCUGGAGCUCACGUGCCGAGCUUGGCGGAGUCGGUCGUUGAGGAAGUCCAACGGCUCAUGGAACUCUACAAGGGCGAGACCCUCAGCAUCACCAUCACCGGUCACAGCCUCGGCGCAGCGCUAGCAUUACUAGUGGCCGAUGAGCUAACAACACGCGUGGCAGAGCUGCCGUCGCUCGCGGUGUUCUCUUUCGGAGGACCUCGGGUCGGGAACAGCGCUUUUGCGGACCGAAUCCGUUCGAAGAAUGUCAAGGUCUUGAGGAUCGUGAACGACCAGGACGUGAUCACCAGAGUGCCCGGGAUGUUCCUGAGCGACGAUUUAGAACGCAAACUGAAAGAGACGGUCGACGGCAUGCUCGAAAACGGGCAGAUGCCUUGGGACUCCUACUCGCACGCGGGGACGGAGCUGCGCCUCGACACGAGGAAGUCGCCGUACCUGAAGCCGAACGCCGACGUCGCCUGCUGCCACGACCUGGAGGCAUACCUACAUCUCGUGGACGGGUUCAUGGCCUCGAAUUGCCCCUUCAGAGCGAACGCGAAGCGUAGUCUAGUGAAGUUGCUAAACGAACAAAGAACUAACGUGAAGAAGCUGUACACGAGCAAGGCCAAUGCCUUAACUUUGAAUGUAGAAAGGGGGCAAAUUAGACCUCCCAACAUGGCUAGCUGCUUGCCUAGCCCAUCUUAACAAAGUUGCCUUCUUAGUUUCAGACA